CGUUGAAGCAGCAUACUCAUGGCACCUCCCGCUGCCGAACCUUCCGACUCGCUCCGAGCCGUCAUCGCGCUGUCCACGCAUGGAAGUCGCGCCCCGGCCCAAGCAGCCGCGUCCCUCUGUCCCGAGAAUGCCGCCAACCUCAACGCGUACGCCGUGCCAUUCGAACAACUUACGGACAAAGGCAUGCAGCAAAUGGUACAUGCCGGUGCCCACACCCGCGACGUCUAUGUCCAGUCCAAGCACUUUCUGUCACCCACUCUCAAGCAGAAAAAACACUUUGACGCGUACUUCCGAGCUGAUCCGUCGCACAGCUGCAGCCAAAGCUCCGUCACGUUUGGGUAUGGCCUGUACCCGGACUCGACGUCGACGACCCUCGGCUUCCCCGUGCCCGUUCCAGUUGUCAUGCAGCUGCUCUCGAACGAACACGACAUUGCCGUCACCCACGGUCCAUGCCGUGAAACCCUCGAUGCCGACUUGGCCCGUUUUGACGCCGGCGAAGGCAAGAAGCUGUUUGCUUCGCAUGCGUCCGUGCUGCACCAACUGGGGAUCGCGUGCGGACGACCGUUCGACGUGGUGCAGUCGCCCAGUGACGACUUGUCGGUAAUCGCAGACAUGCUGCGUUCCGAUUCGAGCCAAGGACUGCGUUCGAUUGUGCCGCCGAACGUCGCGGACGACGUGCAAGGGCUCGAAUUCAACCAAAUGCUCGGGCGCUACCUCGGCAGUCCGCGGCAAGUGACGUACUACCUAGGAGGCUUCCCUGACCUCAUGCUGUCGCAGCUGAACAAAGCCGCCGAGAAUGUCAGCCCCGCCAACGAUGCAUCGCAAUACAAACUGUACGCAUAUACCGGCCACCGGCAGCUGCUCCACGGGAUGGGCUUGCUCGUCGGGUGGAAUUUCCACUUUGAUGGCCAGCCGCAGUCCACCAAGUUCAACACGUCGGCGCUCCCGGCGGGUGCGACGCUCUACUUUGAGCUGCACGCGCCGUCGGACAGUUCUCCGGUGGUCGAGACGCACAUCUGGUCGCCACAGACCAACCGCACACGCGUCAAGCUGACCAAGUGCAGCUCCAUCUCGUGCCCGCUGUCCGAGUUCACCGACAUCAUCGACCGCCACAUCCAGCACACAACGCCGUGGCAGGAACUGUGCCAGUAUCACCCCGUGAACCAGGACAGUUCCAUCGACGGAACCAUGUCGGAGCCGCAGUCCAACCACCUCGUCAUCCUCGGCACCGUGCUCGUGGCACUCACGCUGUUCGCCAUGCACUCUGCAUACACGCGCAUCAACCAAUUCCGCCGCCAAAGCCAGUACCGGCAACUGUAACCAGCAUGACGGCUACCACUACUACAGUAUUGCAAACAAGAAAAGCUAUAUACAAGCCUCAUCAUGUCGUUGUGACCUAUACGUGGGUGGGAUAUGUGGUGGUC